UUACAGUGUAUACGGUCUGCAAGGAGUUUUCUACCAAUUAGAGAUAAGAAGUCCGUCCUCUGAAUACUAUCUGCUUGAAACCAUGUUGCUGGUGCCUUUGUUUGGACUGGCCAUUUUGCAAUGUCUGGUUGUAGGGGCGGAACUCACAGACACGGUCAAUAAAUUUAAUGAUGCUCUUGAUGCAGGCUUGGAUGGUGUCAAAGUCUUGAUACAGAAUGCAGAGGACCACCUUCCAUCCGCCAUCAACCAGGCUUUUGAAUAUCUUGACCGACUUCAGAAGAAGCCUACAGGUGUGACCCAUGUAACAAAAUCAAUAUUUGAAACAGCUAAGAACACGAUUUCACAAAUCCAGAGCGAGACUGAAAAACUCUUCAAUGCUCUGCGGGUUUCUUCGGACAACCUGAAAUUACCAGAGAAUAUACUUCAACUCAUCGCAAAACACCAUGAACAGCAAGAUCAGCUUAUCAAAAAGGCAAGACAGGAUAUUGCCGACUUUUUGGCAGCUUCCAAUUUGAGGGCCACCAAAGCAGACGAAAAGUUAGCUUCCUACCUUCAGCAUAAAACUAAUGCUCUCAAACAGGUAGUGACGUCAGUUGGGAGUGCCGUCAACGGCAUCGUUGGAAAUUUACAAAAUAUUGAAAAUUCUUCCCUUCAAAAAGAUGUUCUUGAAGCGAGAAUCAGUCACGUUCUUCAAACAGGCCAGAAAACGAUUGAAUCUGCCGUCAGUUUUGCAAAUGAAGAGAUAAAAGACGCCAUGUCACAUUGAAAUAUAGGAGUGGAUCUGAAAUACUGAAUGCUGUAUACAGU